AUGCUGCGGCUGUACAGGUCUCUGUUGCGGCCCUUCCAUGGGAAAGUACUGUGCUGCUCCGCUCAGCACACCAGCGCCACCUACCUACAAAGCUUCAUACUGCACAACACGGAAGUGGUAACGGAGCACCUGACCCCGGAGAUUCAGUUACUGCUGCUCACUCCACGGUGUAAGUUCUGGCACCUCCGCCCCGAGCACUGGCCAUAUGGAGAUCCCUACUGGGCUAUAUACUGGCCGGGAGGACAGGCCCUAGCCAGGUACCUGUUGGAUAAUCCAGACAUUGUAAGACACAGACGCAUUCUAGAUCUCGGAAGUGGUUGUGGGGCCACCUCCAUUGCUGCUAAAAUGAAAGGAGCCUCUUAUGUUGUAGCUAAUGAUAUUGACCCAGUUGCAGGUGCAGCGUUUGGCCUGAAUUGCCAACUAAAUCGAAUAGAUCCUUUGCCCUUUCAGCCAGAGAAUGUAAUAGGUGAAGAUACAGGAUGCUGGGAUCUGAUUGUACUGGGCGACAUGUUUUAUGAUGAGCGGCUGGCCAAUUCUCUCCACCGAUGGCUCAGACAUUGUAUGGUGCAGCAUGGGACCACAGUACUUAUAGGAGACCCAGGGAGAGGUCAUUUUCUGACGCACCCUAUACAGAAACAGCUGCGGAAAAUAGCAGAAUAUAACUUACCAGAGUCAAGUAAGCAAGAGAACUAUGGGCUAACCACCAGUGCGGUCUGGAGAUAUGAACCUGGAUGUUCAUGAUUUGUACACAGUAAUUCAGUACCAGCUAGUACUUAUGGAAUUGUGGAAGAUGUGGACACAAUUUCAUCCAUCCCAAAAGUGAGGUCCGCUUAUCUGAUUUCUAAAGCUGUCCAUACUCAUUAGAUCAGGCAUCCUCAAACUGCGGCCCUCCAGCUGUUGUAAAACUACAACUCCCACAAUGCCCUGCUGUAGGCUGAUACCUGUAGACUUCGGGCAUGCUGGGAAUGGUAGUUUUGCAACAGCUGGAGGGCCGCGGUUUGAGUAUGCCUGCAUUAGAUGUAUGUUGGCCAAACUUGAUUUUGGUGGUGCCCCCCCAACUUAACAUCUGCACCCUUUAGGAGAGAUAUGUAUGACUAGCCUUGGAAUGAGACUCUUCUUGCUUCUCAUAACUCAAGGAUGCAGGGAAGUGUCAUAUAACCCCAUCUGAUAUUGCCGAUUGGCCGAGAAGGCUUUGAAGAGGGAAGGAGCACAUGUAACAAACUAUUUUCAAUGCUACUAGGGAAUUUCAUUACAUGUAUACUUUUGCAAUUAUUUUUUGUUCUAGUGCAUCUACAAUAAAAAAAAUGAAGACUCUU